ACGAUUUUGACGUUCGGAACAAUUUCCAACUCCCCUAGAAUUCUUGCUAACUUCGAACUGUCAAAACUGUUCCCCGAUCAAAACAUUUAAAACGAAAACAUUUUGCAUUUGCAUGCCCGCAGUUUGAUUCCUCGCAAACCCCAACCGCGCAAUUAAAAUGAGCAGUGGAUUCGUAACCGAGGCCGAACUGGCGGACGCCCGCCGGAAGCGCCAGGAAGAGUGGGAAAAGGUCCGGACCGAGGAUCAGCCUGAAGAGGCUCCGGAGGAGGAGUACGAUUCCCGCUCGCUGUACGAUAGACUUCAGGAACAAAAGAACAAGAAAGACAUGGAAUACGAGGAGGCACAUAAGCUUAAGAACAUGAUAAAAACUUUGGAUGACGACGAGGUGGAGUUUCUUGAUUUAGUCGAUAAGAAUAAAAUAAACGCCGAACGGCAAGCUCACAUUGAAGAGCAGAAGGAAAUGAACGAGUUCCGGCAGAAGGUUGCAACCCUCCAGGAAAAGCGAUUGGAAGAGCAAAUCCAACAGCAAAUAUCAAAACCCAAACCAACCAAAACUCCAAUCGCUUCGUCGAGAAUGUCCCAAAAGAAGAUCCUCGCUGGAGUCGUGGUGAAGAAGCGAAAGCACGAGGAAGAACCUUCCUCCACUUUGACGGAAGAGAAAAAACCCGAAAAUGUGACUGAACCAGCUAAGCCUGAAGCUUCAAAAGCGACUCAAAGUGGAAAGUUGUCGCUUGAAAUCUUUAAAUAUUUAAAAUUUUACGCAAAUUUCCAAACCCCAACAGGUCCGCCCAAGCCUGAUCAACCGAACAAGAAGCUGAAAUCCGGCGCGCUGCAGGUGAUUGGCAUUCUGCCCGGGCUCGGGUCCUACCGGGAGAGUACGGAUUCGGAGGCGAGCAGCGAUUCGGAAGUUGAUUGUGACGGUCACUUUGACUGGAUCGGGCGGAAGAUUGUCAAGGCGAAUGCGGAGGGUAAGUAGAGGUGAAAAGAUGAAGACGGGAGUUUGAUUUAAAGGAAGUUCAUUGAAAACGUUCAUAAAUAAGAUGGUAAUUAUUCUCACUUGAA